GACGUAUUGGCUCGUGUGGCCUGCAUGUUGUCAACAAACGUCCUUGUGUGACUGUCUUUCUUGUCGACGUCGUCUUUGUUGACAUCGUUCAUAAAAGAGAAAACGCCAUUUGUCACAUUCUACAAAGGUUUGGAAACCUGUCUAAAGGCAAACAUUUCAAUCACUGCUUCGUUAUCUUACAGUGACAGAAGAAUCUACACAAAAAUCGAUACAAGUGAGCAAUAUGGGUCGAAUCUUCUUGGAUCACAUUGGUGGCACUCGCCUCUUCUCCUGUGCCAACUGUGACACUAUUCUGACCAACAGAGCAGAGCUGAUCUCCACACGCUUUACUGGAGCUACUGGCCGGGCCUUCCUCUUCAACAAGGUUGUCAAUCUACAGCACAGCGAGGUUCAAGACAGGGUCAUGCUGACAGGAAGACACAUGGUACGGGAUGUCAGCUGCAAGAACUGCAACAGCAAGCUGGGUUGGAUGUACGAGUUUGCCACAGAGGAAAGCCAGCGCUACAAGGAGGGACGAGUCAUCCUGGAGAGGGCGCUGGUGAGGGAGAGCGAGGGUUUCGUGCACGUUCCCACAGACAACUCUUGAAAAGUCACAUGGGUUAGCGUUAUUGGCGCUGAAGUCUGCAUAGUACAGCUUUGCCUCGAACAGCAGUGCACUGACUUGCAUAUAUAGGAAGAGUUCCAACAACGCCAAAAUACUACCGCCAAAAUACUACAUUACAGUUUGGGGUGGGGAGUGGGGUUAAACAAGAAGAGUGUUGAACAACAUUGCUUCAAUUUGUCUUUAAACUGGCUUGAAUUUCAUUGUGUUCAACAGGCUGUGCUGUUCAAGGUGUGAUAUAAUCAGAGGUCAGGGUGGAUUCAAGAAGGUGGGUUAGCCAAACAGUGAUGUGUACUGGUGCACUCAUGCAUACACGCUUGGGCGAGUUGACUGUUCAGUCUCAUAAGUGAGGUGAAGAAAUAAGUGAGGUCAAGAAUAUCAUUUUGCACAACAUUCCUUCAGUGUGACGUGAGGGUUGAAACUAUUUAUUUUUCUUACAUAAAAUGUCGCAAAGUAAACUAUUGUUCAUGUUUUUUUUUAUAUAUAUAUCUGUGAUGUACAGACAUUCAAUUCAACUUGAUGAUAAAUGAAGAGGUACAUUUUGAUCUUUUCGCAUGUCAGUGCACUUUUGUUGCGAAGGUUAAAAUUUCUCACCUGUUAGCUCUUUUGAUUUCAGUUUGACAGCUGCCCAAUGUAAAUGUACUUGUUUAAAUGUGGUAUUUGAAUAAUACUCACGUGGAGAUUUUGCAUGCUAUACCUCCAUUGAUUGAAAAAUAAUUGCUGUAUUGCCGUUAUCAAUAAAAUAAAUGCAUUUGUAGUCUUUAAUUUCUGUGGUCAUUCUACAAGUA